AUAAAAGUGACAGCAGACUCACGCACGAUGAUUGGUCGAGCGUCAGGAUAGUUAGGAUUUAUCGCUCUUCAUACCGUACAGAAUAAAGUAUUAUAAUAGUCUAAUAGUUUGCUUGCAGAUAUCGUCCGAUUGGCAGUCCUACUCUAUUCAGCACGCAGCUGAAGCUUCCAUUGGAGACUGUGCACUUUAAACAGAGAAGCUCUGCUAUCUGGAGGAGGCUCAAGAGACUAAAUCUAAACAGCGGACUCCACACUUUAUCCACAUGGCAGAGCCCAACUUCCCCCCACUGCCGGGAUUCAUUCCACUCAAGCCAUGCUUCUACCAGGACUUUGAGGAGAUCCCUGAGCAGCACCGCAGCAUGUGCAAGAAAAUGUACAACCUGUGGAUAUUGAAUAGUGCUACUCUUGUGGUGAAUCUCAUUGGCUGCUUUGCUUGGAUGUUUGGUGGAGGGGGUGUGACCAACUUUGGACUGGCUAUCAUCUGGCUCCUCAUGUUCACACCUUGCUCGUAUGUCUGUUGGUUCAGGCCCAUCUACAAGGCCUUCAAGAGUGACAGCUCUUUCAACUUCAUGCAGUUCUUUUUUGUGUUCAUGGCCCAAGUUGGCAUCAGCAUCAUCCAAAGCAUAGGCAUUCCUGGAUGGGGAGUAUGUGGUUGGUUGGCUACCAUCUCCUUCUUCAGCUAUAAUAUUUUCAUUGCGCUGAUCAUGUUGGUACCUACUAUCAUGUUUACUGCUGUGGCCUCACUGUCCUUCAUUGCCCUCACCAAGAUCCAUAAUUUCUACCGUGGCAGUGGGGGCAGCAUGUCCAAAGCUCAGGAGGAAUGGGCCACAGGAGCCUGGAAGAACCCUCAUGUCCAGGCAGCGGCCCAGCAGGCAGCGAUGGGAGCAGCUGCUGGAGCCAUGCAGGAUCAUUCCCACUCCCCCAGCCCACAAUAUAACGACAACCAGAUGUAGCCUCUUCGAGACAGAGGUGUCAAGGAAACAGUUAUGCCAAAGUUUGAGCUACAGGGUUAGGAAGACUUUAACAUCUCCCACAAUAUUGUUGAUUAUUAAGUUAAAAAAAUAAAACAACACUUAUAUUUUAAUAUUCAGCUUUUACAUUCAGGCCAAAUCACUGAGUCAGCAGAAUUGUCAGUGAUUUCAAGUAAUUUCAUCAUUUGGGAAACAAAUAGCUCUGAGCAUCUGUGGGAAGCUGGUUUUCGCCUUCCUGUAUUAAGGGGCAUGCUGAUUGUGUUUUAUAUAAUUUCACAUGUCUGUUUGUUUUCUGUUUGGGAGGUUGAAAUUAAAGUAGUUUUGAAUGUGUACAGCUUUAGUGGCUCCGUGAGAGCUGUGUGCUAAUGUAAUCUUUGUGUUGACUUGCAGUUUAAGCAAUUUUUACAAAAGAGAGCAAAAAACAUAAGAAUUUUGGAUGUACAAUUACUUCUGUUGUGAUGAAGAUUUAAUUAUUUAGUAUUAUGUUAUAAAUUUAUUUAUUUAUGCAUUUAUUGAUUUGAAUGAUACAUUGUUUAGGAUGUAUAAAGUUACUUUAUUUGUUAUUUGUGUGUUAAUGUUUAGUUGUUGUUGUUGUCAAAGGUAAACCAAAGAUCCAAUGGAAUAUUGUAAUUUUAAUUUAAAUCAUGCUACUUUAUGUGACCUCAACAUAAUUCUAUGCAGUUUAUAAAUGGUUGUACUGUAGUGUUGAAAGGAAGUCUGUCUGUAUUACAAUGAGAAGCAGUAGCAUUGCAAGACUUUAGCUGGAUUUGAAUAGAAACAGAAAAUUGUAACUUGAAGCUUCCUGUUGACAUGUCUACCUUACACUGAAAACAUCAGAUUUACAUCACAAAAUAAUUACAUCAGUGUGAAUGGUUCUAGGCAUAAAUUCAGCAAGAAAACAAGUGAAAUAUCUGAGCCAUGUGCUGUAAUCAGCUCUAGUUUUGGACUGAAUGUCAAUUUAAAAGACAACUUAUGUGUUCCCCUGCAGUAUGGAUAUUUGACCACAGAGAGGCACUGAUGGUUUUAGUAUGAAAUAAAAAGCUCCAACAUGUA